UUGAUCCACAUCACUUGAUUAAUUUUAAUGAUAAACGGUAAACGUAGAGCUUCCUUCAGUUGAAGUUUGUACAGAUAAACGACUCGUUUGAUUUUAAAGUCAAGGUGUUAUAAAUUAAAUAGACAAAAUGGAAAGCAAUUUUUGUGUAAAUGUUAAAGGAGUACCAAUGCCAAAAGCAUUUCCAGAAAAAGCUGUUCGAUCAGCUUUGAAUUACAAAGCAAAACCUGGUGAAAUAUAUAUUGUUACUUAUCCAAAAUGCGGAACUACUUGGAUGCAUAAUAUAGUUUUGUUAAUCUUAAGAAAAGGAAAAGUCUCAGAAGAUCCUUUAGAUUUCUUUUUAGGAUGUCCAUUUUUAGAAAUGAUGGGCGCUGACUAUGUCGAAGAAUCAAAGGCAAAAGUAAUGAAAACACAUAUACCGUAUUAUGCAAUACCAUAUUCGGAUGAAGCCAAAUAUAUAUACGUGGCAAGAAAUCCUAAAGAUUGUUGCGUGUCCUAUUAUUAUCACAUGAAGUUAUUAUUACCCAAAGAUAUAGAUUUAAAUUUUGAUAAAUUUUUUGAUGGGUUUUUAGAAGGUAGUAUAGGAUACGGCCAUUAUUUCGACCAUCUUCUUGAAUGGUAUCAGCAUAGAAAUGAUAAAAACGUACAUUUUGUUACUUAUGAGAAUUUAAAGAAAGAUAUUAGAGGAGAAAUUAUGAAAAUCGCGAAAUUUAUUGGAGAAGAAUAUGAGAAAAGUAUUUUAGAAGAUCCUACUGUAUUAGAGAACAUCGUUUAUUAUAGUAGCUUUGAAUAUAUGAAGAAAGAUACCAAUAGAGUAAUGGAAUUGUUUCUGAAUGGAGACGAAAUUUUUAAAAAUAGAGAUUUACCCGAUGCAUUGGUAGAAAUGAUGAAAUCAACGAGUGAAAAUCGAGAAAACAGAGGAAGUGGAAAUUUUGUAAGAAAAGGAAUCGUAGGAGAUUGGAAAAAUCACUUCAAUGAGAAUCAAAUAAAGUUACUGGACGAAAAAACUGCCGAAAAAACGAAAAAUAGCGACGUAAUGAAUUUAUGGAAAGAUAUUUAAAAAAUUUAUAAUACAAUAUUUCUAAAGGGUUUAUAAUUGUAUUGAAUUUAUUUGAAAAUGAUUAACUACAGUAGAGCGUCGUUUAUCC